AUGGAUGAGGGACAGCAGGAUCAGUAUGAGGAGCGUCUGAAGGAAGUCUUCCACAGUUUCGACUCGAGCGGCGUGGGUUCCCUUUGUCCGGAGGAGCUUGCUGACCUGUGUCAGGCUCUGCACUUGGAAGAAGUUGCUCCAGCAUUGCUCAGUACCCUGCUACAGAACCAGGACCAACUCACUGGGCGUGUUGACUUUGACCAGUUUAAGAAUGCACUCAUUCUGGUCUUGUCCAACGCUAGUGAGGAACCUCCGGUUGGAGAGGAGACCUCUGUCCCACCAGACUCUCCAGAAGUGCUUCCCAAGUUUGUGAGGGGCAGCAAACGGUACGGUCGGCGCUCCACUCCAGAGUUCACCGAGACCCUCUCAGACUUCACAGCGGUGCCUACAGGGCCAGAGGGAGAGGAGAACGGCCCUCAGGAGGGCAGUGAUGAUGGAACUGUGCCCAGAAAGCGUGAGCGCUGGAACGCUGACGUGAGCUGUCCUGAGGAAUAUGAAGCUGAGGGUCAGCUGCACCUGUGGAACCCCGAUGAACCUGGCACUCCACGGGGUUCUGUGGUACCCCACUGUGCCCGACUGGAGGAGAGGCUGCAGGAUGCCUGCCGGGAGCUGGCAAUACCUUGGAAUGGCCAAGCUACAGACCAAGAGCUACUGGCACUAUGCCAGCAACUGGGCAUAGAGGUGACCGAGGAUGCAUUUCAGGCUCUGGAUGGAGAUGGAGUUAUGAGUGUUCAGGAGUUUGUGUCUUAUGUCUUGACCCAAAGCAAACCACCCACACCCUCUGCCUCCACACCCUACCGCCAGCUAAAAAGACACCACUCAAUGCAGCCAUUUGAUGAGACGGGUCGUCGGAUAGCCACGCCAUCUGCAAUGACUGGUACGAUUGGUAUGCGUCUGUUCUCCUCGCUGGACGAUGGGACAGGCUAUACCCCAGUGGAGUACGUGCUCGAUGCCUGGAUGGAGGAGGGCAUUGAGAAUAGCCCUGAAAUCCUGAAGGCCUUGGAUUUCAGUCUUGAUGGAAAGGUGAAUUUGAGUGAGCUGACAGCCGCCCUGGAGAAUGAACUGCUCAUCACAAAGAAUGGAAUUCACCAGGCAGCGCUCGCUAGCUUCAAGGCAGAGAUCAGACAUCUGCUGGAGCGUGUGGACUUGGAGCUUAGGGAGAAAGAGAAGAUUCGGUCAGAUCUGGAGAAGACUGAAAAGCUCAAAUCCCAGCUGGCCUCUGAAGUGGAUGACCAUCACUCUGCCAUUGAACGCAUGAAUGACAUUAACCUCAGGAAGCUAGAACAGGACCAUAAGGAGAGGCUGGCAGUAGUAAGGGCUGAGUUGACCAAAGAGAUUGACCUGAUCCAACAGCAGGCCAAUCAACAAAGGGAGGAGCUGGAGGCAGAGAUGAAUAAAGUCAGAGAUGAUGAGACCUUCCUCAGAGAGCAUCUCACCCUAACCAUCAAAGAAAACGGGCGAUUAGAGUCAGAGCUGCUGGAAAGCACAGAGAGAUUAGUGGAAGCAGAAAACCAGGUCAUCAAACUUCAGAAGAACUUGGACAGUAUCCUCAGGGAAAAGUUUGGGGACUUGGAUCCUGGCAGUGCAGAGUUCUUCCUACAGGAGGACCGACUCAGACAGCUACGCAGCCACUAUGAAGAACAGUGCAGGGAGCUUCAGGACCGUAUAGAUGAGCUGCAGGCCCAGCUGGAAGAAUACCACAUCUUGGGCAAAACCCCUCAGACAACUCUUGUCCCCUCUUUGUCUGACGAGCUGGAAAGCAAGAGUCCUGGCAUGGAAUCUGACCAAGGUCUGGGAUUUGAAGAAGGCCAACCCUUCAACAUGAGUUUGGAGGCAGAGAUGAUGUUAGAGCAACUGAAGGAACAGCACUUAAGAGAGUUGGAAAGUGUUCGGACUGAGCUGACCAACAAGGUAAGAUGUUCCGUCAGUGAGUACCACCACAGACUGGAGGAGCAGAGAACUGCCAGUGAAGAACAGAGGAGUCAGCUCUCUCAGCAGCACCAGAAGGAGAUGCAGAUGCUUAGAGAGGAGGUGACAGCUGCCCUUGAACAAGCUCAUAAUUUCCAGACUCAGCUCACACAAGUGGAGCAAGAACAAGAUAAGCUGGACAGGAGCCAAGCCGAGGAACUUUCAGAGCUCCAGAAACGCCAUGAGGAGGAGAUUAAUCUGCUUCGACAGGAGUCAAAGAGUCGUACUGAGGAGCUAGAGGAGCAGUUGAGAGUCUUGGAGGAGCAACUGUCUGAAGCAGAGAAGAGCUUUGUACAGGAGCGAGAAGAACUGGACCAACAUCGAGCAGAGCAACUCAGACAAAUGGAACUUCAUCACCAGGAGGUUCUGCAUGCAAAGUUAGAGGAGGAGAGACAGAGGAUGAUACAAGAAAGAGAAGAUGCACAGAAAACGCUCAUAGAGGAGUGGGAGAGGGAGCGGCAACAGCUUCAAAAGGGCCAUGAAGAGGAGCUCAGGGUCAGGCUUGAGGAAGAAAAAUGCAGAGCUGAAGAGGAACAGUCAGAACUGGAGAGAGGGCUUACAGAAGAGUGGGAGAAGGAGAGAGCCCAGUCAGAGGAGAAGAAUACCGAAACACUGCAGGCAGUGCUAGAGGAGGAACUCCUCAGACUUCAGAAGGAACAGCAAGAGAGAGAGAUGAGGCUGACUGAACAAUGGGAGCAAGAGAAGACUGAGUUACAGGAGAAGCAUGAGGCAGACCUCCAGAACAGUCUGGCCAUGGAGAGGGAGAAGAUGAAAGUGCUCGAGGAGGAGAUGGAAAGGAGGUUCAUGGAGAUUUGUGAGAAGGAGAAGAGCAAGCUAGAAGAACAGCAUGAGAGAACACUCUCGGCCAGGCUGGAGGAAGAGAGAGAGAGACUUGACAAGGAGAAAGAGGAGAUGAAGAGAGGGUUGCAGGAGGUCCUAGACGAGGAAAAGACCAGACUGGAAGAGUCUCACCGGGAGGCCAUUCAGGAGCUCAGUGCCAAGCACAGUGAGGAGAGGGAGAGGCUCAGCAGUCUUCUGGAGAAAUUACGUGGGGACAUUGCAGAGGAGAGGGUAGAACUGGAGAGUCACUUCUCCCAAAGAAUCAAAGAGGUUGAGGCUCGGUUCUCAGGUGAUCAGGAAGCGGUGUCCAAGCGCUUCCAGACUGAUGUGUCCAACUUGGAGCAACACUAUCAGACUGAGCUGCAGGCACUCUCAGAGCGCCACUCUGAGGACAGGGCCAAGUGGGAAGCAGAAAUGGAGGCUGUAAUUCAAGAGGCUGAGGAGCAGAGGAAGUUGCUCCAGGAGGCAGUGCGACUGGACAAGGAAUCCAUGUACCAGGAGCUGGCCAGCGAGCGUAAGCAGCUGGAGCUGGGCCACAAAGAGGAAAUGGAAGCACUCAGAACCAAAAAUCAAGAGCUCCAAAAUGAGCUCGAGAACUAUAUCAGUUCAGCUCAGAUCAGAGAGAUUGAGCUCAGCCGACAGCUGAACGAACUUCACAACAGGCUGCAAGAAAACCUGGAUGCCAAAGACGAGCUUCUGGCCCAAUCCGAAAGGAGGGUCACACAGCUUGAGCAACUCCUGCGGCAGACAGCGGAGGACUUUGCUGAGGAGAGAGCAAAACUACAGAGUUGCAUAUUUAAUCUGGAAGCCCAACAUAGCGAGACCCUGGAGGUGACUGAGAAGCACUUGAUAGAGAGAGAAGAGCUUCUUGCAGACCGAGAAGAGCUGACAGAGAAGGUUAAAGAGGUCGAGCAACUCUUGAGACAAGCUGCGGAGGAUUUUGACUGCGAACGGCGGGAGCUGCUUGGCAACCUGACGGAGCUGAAGGAGAGCCUCUCCCUUUAUAAGAUGAGAGAAGAGGAGCGAGCAGAGCUGUUGGCAGAGCGGAGCCAGCUGAUUAUCAGGGUUCAGAGAAUGGAGGCGGAGCUCACUGAACUGACUAGGAAUUUGGCUAAGAAUGAGGUAACUGAUGAAGAGACUGUAAAAUUUGAAUCUCUCCCAGCAGAACUGAACAGAGGUAUUGAUGAUCUUUCAAAUAUCACUUUUGUGGUUGAUCUAUAUGGGGAUGAAGUGGUUCGGGAGUCCGAGAAUUUUGGUGUUUCAACCAAAGAGCCACCAUCAGCAAAGGCUGAAGAAGUAUGUUAUGACUUUGAUAAAGCUUUCCUUGAAACUGAAUUGCCGAAGUCAGACAGAAAUACUGAGCAAACUGAAGAUGAAGAAACUGGCAGUGUAGGGGGGCUCAACAUCAGCGUUCCAGAAAAUGAUGUCAUGGGCGAUACCAACGUUUUCUGUGUUCAAUCUAAUGAAGGUACAGAAGAUACAGUCUUUGCAGAAGUUGAAAGCAACUCAACAGAGAACAAAAGAGAGCUGGAGAUCAGCAGUGCAUUGAUUGAAAAUGGUGCACCAGGUGUUGAUAAUACAGUAAUCGAUUAUACAUCAGAGGCCAUUCAUAGUGCGUUUCAAGACAAUGUGGUUAUUCCAGGCCAUGAAGAUACGGAUGACAUAGAUGUUGACAUCUUAGGUGGCACAAGUCACAAGGACAUUGAAAACCUUGUUAAAUCUGCAGAUUUCAGUAAAAUGAGACUUGGUGUCAGUGCAACAGUUGACAAUGCAAACAGUGCUAAGACUGAUAAUGAUGAAGAAAUGCUAGAUGGAGAACUUGAUAAGGGAUCCAAACAGCAUAGUUCUACAAAAGAUGGGAAAAAUGAACUCUGCAUUAACCCAAAUGUUAUCACUGAGGAAGACAACAGGUCAGACGUGUCCAGUGCAAGUUUGGUAGAUAUAAAUGUGAGUGCAGAAAUGGAUGAGGAGGAGCUUUGGCACAAUGCAGUGUUUGACACCAUUGUGAAAAUGAUCAGUUUAGAGGAAGCCAAUAGGCAAGAAAUCCCUGAUGACACAAAUGGAGUGAUUUCUAAUGGAAAUACAAUCUAUAAUAGUAAAGUUGAGUGUGAUGUAGAAAUGGUACAUGUAGAGCUUACUGACAGCGCUGAGGUAACUGAUAAUAUUUUCACUUCAUCCUGCUCAGUUCUCAUUGAUAAUGCAGACAGAGACAACAGGAAGGAAAAUUAUGUUGCAGAGGGCAACAGUGUUGAAGUCUAUCACAAUACAGAGGAUAAAAAUGCUAAAAGUAGCAAUGCAGGAGAGGAUGACAAUAGAGAUUGUAGCAUAGUUGAGUUCAACGGUACAGUGACUGGCUGUACAGAACCUGUCAGCAGACUCAACAACUUGUCUGAAAUCAGGAAUGUCACUGUAGACAAAAGUUUAGGGACUGUUAAUACAGAGGUUCACAAUAGCACAGAGGAUAGUGCUAAUAUCAGACAUGCAACCAAGGAAGAGUCUAAGAAUUCAGAAUCUGCUGAUGGUGCAGUGGCCAUCAUUAGCGAUGAGGGUGAAUCCUCUUGCCAUCAAGAGGAUGUGCAAGAUUAUAAAACAGACAAAGCUGAGAGUAGACCCCCUAACACUGGAUUUCAAGAGAGAGGUUCUCAUGUGUCCUCUGUGCUUGGGAGUGAUGAGGAGGUUUUCCAGGAGAGAGAUGCCUGUAUCAGAGAGAUACUGGAACUGCAGGAGAGAGUACUUCAGGUCCAGGACCAAACUGGUCUGUUACCCGAGUUAUCAAAGCAGUACAAUACAGCCACAGAUCACACAGUCACCCUUCGCCAGCACAUUUGUCAGCUUCAACAAAAAACUGAUGAACUUGAGGCCCUUUUAGAAGUUAACAGACAGAAGAUCAUCAUCAGCCAGCAUGCCUUGGAGGAGAACACUGACCUCAAGGCCAAGCUCCUAGCAGUAGCUGAAAAUGCCAAAGAUCUGGAGAUACAGGCUCUGAGGUUUGCUGACCUUAAGGUGAGGUAUGACGACUGCGUCUCGGAGAAUUUUAGGUUGGGGGAGCAGAACGGAAAGCUGGAGAAGAGAGUCCAAGUCCUGGAAAGCAAAAUGUACAUCAUGCAAGAUGUCCACAGCCAACAAAGUGCACUGCUGGAUGAGAUAGCCAGGAUGCGCGUUGAAAGCUCCAAACUGAGUAAGACUGUGCGAGCGCUUAAGAAGCAAGACGAGAUGUCUCUGUCCCCGCAGCAAGAGGUUGAGUCAUCAGAAUCUUCCUCAGAGGACACCUUCCUAGAUCUGAAUUCCCAACUUGAGGCUAAAAUACAGGCUGUGUCAGACCUGGAGGAAUGCUGCACGGAAUUCGAGAGGCAAAAUGCUAAGCUACGUAGGGCGCUCGCUGAUCUGCAGGUGAAAUCGUUGAGAAUCCAUGAAAGGAUGCAGGCUCAUAGGAGUGAGGCUGGUCGUCUGACUGAGGAAAAUGUCAUUCUGAGAAAGAAGAUUUCUGCACUGAAAGAAGGGGAGCUCCGGGAAACCCAGGAAGAAAUGCUCCAGAAACUAGAGCAGUUCAGGAAGGAGAAAACUGGUAAUCAAAAGAAGGCAGAGGGCCUUAAGCGACAGAUUUCUGAAGUGCAUCAUCAUGGGCAACAGCUGGCAGAUGAGAACAUUAUCCUGUCACAGCAGAAUGUGGAGAAUGCAGCUAUCAUGGAAGGGCUGAGCCUACAGUUAGGGGAGGUUAUCCAACAGACAGACAGAAGACGAGGGUUGCACCACCAUGACGACAGCUCAGCAGAUGAGAGGGAUGAGCUGUCCAAUGGGGAGGAUUUCACCACUGCCGUAUCCAGAACAGACAAACUUAAAAUGGAGAAGGACAUGUUAAGAGAGGAGUUGAACCGCUGCGUUGAAAAGAUUGCUAAACUAGGCGCUGUGGAGUGUCAACUGGCCCAGCUCAUGCAUGAGAAGCAGGUGAUAGAGAAACACAACCAAGGCCUUCACGCACAGCUCUCCAGAGCUCAGGAGAAGGUACAGGCACUAGAGAGCACACUACAGUCCAUCACCGUCCAGAAUGCUCGCCUCAAAUCCGACCUGCGUGUCACGCAACAGGAGAAGGAAGUCCUCAAGCAGGAAGUGAUGUCGCUGCACAAACAAAUGCAGGAUGCAAAUGAUAAGAAUCAGGUGCUGGAGAUGGCCUUGCACUCAAGCAGCUAUCAGAAACAGCAGAAGAAGCAGUUUAUAGACAAGCUAUCUCAGCUGCUGGACAAAGAGCAGCACUUACUCAGGGAGAACGAGAGGCUUCAGAGAGAGAUUAACAACACGCAGGUCGACCUUCAGCACGCGAGGGACAAGGUUCAGCAGCUGGAGUUGACUGUGCUGUCUCUGAAGCAGCAGCAGAAGCAGCAGGGUCAAGCCUGCCUCGUGAAGGCCGCAGAGCAAGAGAAGGCUGUGCUGAAACGAGAGCUGGACACCGUGAAAAAAGAGCUGCUCUCCACCAAGAGCAAGAUGUGUGACAGCAGCGAGGCUCAGAGGGAGAUUGAAUGUCUUCGCCGGGAGAACGAGACGCUAAAGGUCAAACAGGCACGACUUGAGGCCCAACUCAUAGAGGCUGUGCAGCUGGGUGGGAUGCUGCCUCAAUCUCCGGUCCGUUUACCAGGGGAUCAAAGGGGGCAGCACCGUGGUGAUGAACUCAGGCCAGACUUUAACAUGCAGGAUGAACGAGAGAUGGUGAUGCUUAAGAUGGAGGAGAGAAUGAGGGAGGUGGAGCUUAUGCUACGUAAUGUCAAGAUGCUACUUCAGGAGAAAGUGUCCCAGCUGAAAGAACAGCUGCUUAAGAAUAGCAAGGCAGAUGUGAUGAUAAAGGAUCUGUAUGUGGAGAACGCUCAGUUGCUCAAAGCCCUUGAGUUGACAGAGCAGCGACAAAAGGUGGCUGAGAAAAAGAACUACCUGCUGGAGGAGAAAAUCUCUAGUCUCAACAAGAUCGUCCGUGACCUCAGCCCCCCGCCGCUCACUGGGGUGCCGUACCACUUCACCCGCUCCUGA